GUCUAAGUGAAAAGUCAGUUGGGAAAUCGACAACGAUGAAGACUCAAUUAGUUUCCAUUUUAUUCAGUGUGCUUCUCUGCACCACUCUUGCUCAUGAUUAUCGUCAUGCAAGAGACCUGUCUUCACAUCACCAAAAACACCACGUACAACACCACGUAAAACACCAUCAUCUUUCCCAAUCAAGAGCCUCGUCCGACCAAUGUCAAAUUGAAUGUUCUCUUCCAUCUACAACUGUCCUUCCGGGCGGAUUAGAGCUUUACAUCAACGCAACCGUGGGCAUCGUUGCCGUAGUUAACCAAACUGCAGCAGUAGCCCUCGUAUUAAGCGUCGACGAAAACAUCACUGUGCUGGUAAAUGGCAACACCGGUGCUGCUAUUGCCAUCGAUAUCGAAGCCGGCACUGGAGUGCUUAUCAACGCUGGAGUCUCCACUCUGAUUUGGGUGGCAGCCAGUGUUGAUUUUGCCGUGUGGUUCUCAGGUUUAUCAUCGCUUAAAGUACUCCUCCAGAUUUCCGGCGCCAUUUCUUUCUCCGUCGAUUCCGCUAGUAGCGCUGCAUUAUCAAUUGCUGCUACCAUCAUAGCUGGCCUUUCAGGAGGACUUACAGUAGCUGUUUCAGAUGUGAUAAAACUAUCCCUAACCCUUUCAAAAUCUCUGGUUGCUUCAUUGAAAGUCGUUCUCCAAAUCGUUGGUUCCUACAAAGUAAUUGUCCUCAAAGGUUCCCUUAUUGUAUUAGCUAACGUUUUGUCUGCUGUGGCUUCAAUCGCAGCUGGUUGCGCUGGAGGUGUAGCUGCUUUGGUAGCUGCCGAUAUUAAACUCAAGCUCGAUAUCAUCUUGGGAGCAGUUUCUGGUACACAAAUUCUUGUGGCCAUCUUGGUUGACAUUCUUGCGAAGGUAUCCGUUGAUGUAAUCGCUCCAGUGAUAGUUAAUGUUGAAGCUGUUGUCCUUCUAAUUGCCCAACUUGGAGGCGGUGUGGUUUCGGGAACAAUCGAUGGCGCUUUCAAUGUAUUGGCUCAAAUUGUCCUUUUGGCACAAAAGAAAAUCUCCAUCAACGUUUUCAUCAACGUUUGUCUUCAAUUUGCUGUAUCUUUGUCUGGUUCACUGGACUUGUCAGCAGAAAUAUCUGUCAUUAAAGAUUUGGUUGCACAAAUCGGAGGAAAUGGAACCGCCUGCGCUGCCCUCAGUGCCUUGGCUCAGGGCAUUGAACAAAAAUCGUUACAACUCGCUGGUGUCGCCUGUGGUAAAAUAAUCGAACUUCUUUCUGUAGCAGCCCAAGAUGCCUUACAAUUGACAGUCCAGUUGCUAAGUGCCAUUUCCGUCAUUAUAGAUAUAUCCGUAUCCAUCCCAUCUCUUUGCUUGCACUUAAUCGGUCUACUGGGCACUUCCCUUGGAAAAGCCCUCAUUGUUAAAGUAAUUCCAGCUCUUGGACACCUUGCUGCCAAUAUUUGGGCAGGCUUCAACCCAUUUAAGAUCGUAACCGCCCUCGCAGGAGGUUGGGAAGGUAUAAUCAAAAUUAUCCCAGUCGUCGGUACCAUUUGGGAAGCUUUAAACAAAUCUGUGGGUUCAGUAAUCUCUGGAAAAGCCCUAUGGGCCAUCGUAAGCGCAAACGGAGAAAUCCUAUUGGCAAUCAAGGGAUGGAUCGUAGCUCAGUUCCCAACUAUCGCUGGUGCCGUAGGCAUCAAGGGUGAUGCUAGUGCUGCCAGCUCCGCGGCUUCCUCCUGCUUGGCUGAAGUAUCCGGUGGAGUAGUAAUUAGUGUCCAAGUAUCCGCUGGAUUCAGCUUAACGGCUGGCUCAUAAAACAAACGCUAUGUACAAUAUUAUACCCUCUUUCAUGGAAACUUUUAAAUGACAUCAAUCACAUGUAAAUAAAAAAUUAAUUGAACAAAUAUGUUUUUUAUUAA